AUGGAUUUGAUGAACCGCGUUUUUAAGUCCUAUCUGGAUGAAUUUGUGGUGGUCUUUAUUGAUGAUAUCCUCAUUUAUUCAAAGAAUGUGGAAGCUCAUGAAACCCAUCAUCGCUUAAUUCUUCAAACCCUCCGGGAAAGGAAAUUGUAUGCAAAGCUUAAGAAAUGUGAAUUUUGGCUAUUCGAGGUGGCAUUCUUGGGGCAUAUUAUCACAAAGGAAGGAGUUUCUAUUGAUCCACACAAAAUUGAGGCGAUUGUGAAAUGGCCGACUCCUACCAAUGUGACCGAAGUGCGUAGCUUUAUGGGAUUGGCUGGCUAUUACAGGAGAUUCGUUCAAGAUUUUUCUACAAUUGCUGGGCCACUUACACAAUUGACUCGAAAGGGAGUUGCAUUUGAAUG